CAUCUCUCCUUUCUCUGAGCUUCAUCCCCCGGCCGUUAACGUCAGUGGAACAUUUCAAUCCGCCCUGAUAUUCGGGUUAAUCUGAUUAUGAAGAUUUCCUCUGAGGCUCCUCUUCGUCAAUGACAGGAAAGAUGGAGACUCCGUUCUACCACGACGACUCGCCGGCCGUCCCCGGCUUCAGUCAGAUCGCCGAGUACGAGCGCUACCCGGCCAACAAGAUGCUGAUGAGCAAGAAGGCCAUGGCCAUGGCGGGCAGCCAUCACUUCUCCGGUGGCGGCGUGACGGGAGGCCGGGGUGGGAACCCCAACCUGGGGCUGGGGGGAAACGGCUCCCUGAUGGCGUCCUCCGCCGUGUCUUCCGCCGCGUCCUCCGCGGACAUGAACCUGCUGAAGCUGGCGUCCCCCGACCUGGAGCACCUGAUCAUCCAGUCCAACCAGGGCCUGGUCACCACCAGCCCGGUGCCCGGCUCCGCCAACCCCUUCAUCUACCGGGCCCAGGCCACCAACGAGCAGGAGGGCUUCGCCGACGGCUUCGUCAAGGCUCUGGCGGACCUCCACAAGCAGAACCAGCUGGUGGGCGGGGGGCCCAUGUCCCCGCCGUCGUCCUCUGGCGUCUCCCUGCAGGCGUCCUACCAGAGGAACCUGAUGUCCGGCGGGGACAUGCCCGUCUACACCAACCUGGGCAGCUACAACCCGGGCCAGAUGCCGUACUCCGGGGGGCAGAUGGCCUACGGCGGAGGGUCGGGGCACGGCGGCGGAGGAGCCCCUCACUCCCACCCCCGAACCCUGGACGCCCCGCAGACCGUCCCCGAGGUGCCCCACCCGCCCGGCGACCCCACCUCCCCGCCCUCGCUCUCCCCCAUCGACCUGGAGACGCAGGAGAGAAUCAAAGCGGAGCGCAAGAAGCUGCGCAAUCGGAUCGCCGCGUCGAAGUGCCGCAAGCGGAAGCUGGAGCGGAUCUCCCGGCUGGAGGAGAAGGUGAAGGUCCUCAAGAGCCAGAACUCGGACCUGGCCUCCACCGCCGCCAUGCUGCGGGAGCAGGUCGCCCAGCUCAAGCAGAAGGUCAUGAGUCACGUCACCAACGGCUGCCAGAUCACCGUCAGCUCCGCCGGCGCCGGCAAGUCCGGGGGAGGAGGCGGCGAGGACUCCAGCUGCUGA